AUGAACGCCCUCCGCUUCUCGCUUCUCGCGCUCCUCGCAGCGGCCCUCGUGCUGCACCUGCUGCCCGCGCGCACCGCCGCCUCCGACGUCGAGGCGGCGAUUGCGAACGACGAGUUCACCUUCGACGAUGCUGCCGACGAAGUCGCAGACUUUCUCGGCGACGAUCUCAGCGAAGUCGUAGAGCGUCGCAUCCUGGCCGGAAGUAGCGGCGCAGCAACCGGAAGCAAGGGCGGCGCGUACAAGCCGAAGCAUAAGAAGCGCCGUAGCGCGGCUGGCGACGGCUCCGGUUACUGCCCCUAUGCCGGCAAGUCGGGCAACUCGCCGGCGGCGGAGUACUGCGGCGGCGCGUGCUGCAUUUGUCCCCUUAUCACUCCUUUUCCUUUCCUCUCGUGCCGCCGUGGCGACACGCGAUGCGCAACGCUUAACCUACCUCUCUGCUUGCGCCCUUUCCCCAACACGCGCGUGUACGCGUGCACCGCGCAGAGCCCCGAGUACCCGUGCUGCGGCGGCGACAAGUGCUGCAAGAAGGGCGGCUGCUGCCAGAAGAACGGCGCUUUCGUGUGCUGCAAGAGCUACUAA